AUGGCAGGAAGAAUCCACAAAAAAUAUGGCUCCGACGAAAGCAUGGGAACCCUUUCUUCUUCCCAGCGAUCACCACUCUACUAUGUCGAGAGCCCCCAAAGCCUUGACGUUGAGAAACUCUCAAUCCAUUCAAAUUCGGUGGAUUUUACUCCUAGCCACUCUCGUGGUGAAUCUUCCACCUCACGAUACUCUACCACUUGGAAGAAACUUGACGAAAAAAAUGAUGAAAAUGACGAGGAUGAUGAGGAUGUUCAUGAUUCGACUCACAAGUACAUUUGUUGCUUCUUUGGUUUUCUUCUUCUCUUCGCUCUGGUUUGUUUUAUUCUUUGGGCUGUUGGUAGAAGCUUCAAACCUCGUGCAAACCUUGAGAACAUCGUGUUUAAGAAAUUGGAUGUACAAUUUGGCAACGAUCGGACGGAAGUACCAACCUAUUUGUUGUCAUUGAACUCGACAAUUACCAUGAUGUACACAAAUCCGGCAACUUACUUUGGUGUACAUGUAACAUCAACUCUUCUCCAGCUUCGCUAUUACGACCUCACACUAGCUUCUGGUCAGAUGCAGGAGUUUCAUCAGUCAAGCAAGAGUCAACAAAAGCUAGUUGUGUUUGUGUCUGCAGAUCAAGUUCCGCUCUACGGUGGGAUAUCAAUUCUUGGAAAUGAUACCAUAGAAAACAUGAACAAUGUUGCAAUGGCAAUGAACAUAACAUUUGAGCUAAAAUCAAAGGCUGACAUUUUAGGAGUUUUGUCUACAUUCUAUCAGACAAUUGGAUGUCCAAUCACUUUCCAUGUCAACCAACUUGGAAAACCUCUUAGUUUGAUAGAUUCAUGUGUCUACAAGUAA